AUGAAAGCAAGUACGGUAUUCAUACACUCACUAUUCAGCGAGAUGUGGCAAAACCGAGGUGGGAACGACUCCUGGCAAAACAGGAGCGCAAAUGACUCCUGGAACCGAAGCGGAAAUGACUCGACUCUGAACAACAGCUCUAAGAGCUCUGAUGCCUCAACCGCUCUCUCACUAACGAAUCCACCAAUGCAACGUCUACGAUUGGACAACAGCCUUUGGGAGAGAUCAACUAGCAGUGGAUGGAACACGUCGUCGAAUGAUUCAUCUGGCCUAUUUUCUUCAUCGAACACGACGUCCGAAGCGCCUCGUGGUCGGGCGACCUCAACCCCCAUUAGGGGACACGACGACGCCAGGGUCAGCUUCGGACCCGGACUGUCCCCUAUCCGUUCUCGCUCAGAUGAAUCCUGGAGAAGAACCACAUAUACAGAAAGUACACGUUCAAGCAAAUCCGAUGAAAGCAAUGUGUAUCACAAAAGAAUGAGAAAACAUUAGAUCUUCUGCUAAACAAAACUGGGGAACAUGGGAAUGCUUCUUCACUUUGGAGACUAUAAAUUCGAACCAACUGAUAAUGUGUUUUCUCUUUUGUAGUUAAGGACAUUGUUCUAAUUUCUGUUUCUAUUUUUCAAAUGCCAUAUGUUCAUUGUUGAAUUUUGAUGUUUUUCUAUUUUUAAUGCCUG